UCACUGCGUCCUCCGUUGCUAGGUUAUCCUCCCGGAUAAGCCAAGCCCAAAACGACGUCGUUUCAGAUUUUUGACAUUUUUAUAUAAAAAUCCCACCAAAAAUUGCAAUUCAGUCGCAUGGCAGAGGUAUAUUUUACAUGAAAUAUUUAAUUACGUUUUUAAUAGCAAGGACUUUGGUCGUGGUGGGCGCGUUUCGUCACUGUGUCCAGCUUCACGACGCCUGGAUCAAUAAAUGUGGCUCGUUAGCUAUGAAACUGCCAACAUGGAGGCGGUUCUCCGUUGUUAGGAGAAGCUAUCGGUGAUGCUGACAGCCUGUCCUCCGGCUGAGAGUUUAUCUGACCACGGUCUGAUGAGAUUGCAUCACUGACUUGGUGAUGUCCGCCCAGCCUCUGCAGCAGCCGUCCAGGGAGGAUUCAGCAGCCUGCUAACUGAGCCAGCCCGGCUAGCUGAUGCUGAUGACUGGCUGUUUCCUGAAAUUGAUUUGCAGUGGGAGGCACCAUGGCCGGUAAGGUGAAGUGGGUGACUGAUAUUGAGAAAUCAGUGCUCAUCAACAACUUUGAGAAGAGGGAAUGGAUCCAAGUCACAGAAAACGAGGACUGGAAUUUCUACUGGAUGAGCAUCCAGACCAUCAGGAAUGUGUUCAGCGUGGACACCGGCUACCGCCUGUCAGAUGACCAGAUGGUUAACCACUUCCCCAACCAUUAUGAGCUGACUAGGAAGGACUUGAUGAUUAAGAACAUCAAACGCUACCGCAAGGAGCUGGAGAAGGAAGGCAGCCCGCUGGCAGAGAAGGACGAGAAUGGAAAAUAUAUUUAUUUAGAUUUUGUCCCUGUGACGUUCAUGCUCCCUGCCGAUUAUAAUCUCUUUGUGGAAGAGUUCCGCAAGAAUCCAUCCAGCACCUGGAUCAUGAAGCCCUGUGGGAAGGCCCAAGGCAAGGGCAUCUUCCUCAUCAACAAACUGUCCCAGAUUAAAAAGUGGUCCAGAGACAGCCGCACCUCCACGUUUGUAGCAGCCUCUAGUGGCAAAGAAGCCUACGUUAUCUCCCUGUACAUCGAUAAUCCUCUGCUGAUAGGAGGGAAGAAGUUCGACCUGCGACUCUACGUCCUGGUGACCACGUACAGGCCACUCAAAUGCUACAUGUACAAGCUGGGUUUCUGUAGGUUCUGCACAGUGAAGUACACACCAAGCACAAGUGAGCUGGACAACAUGUUUGUUCACCUCACUAAUGUGGCCAUCCAAAAACACGGGGACGACUACAACCACGUCCACGGAGGCAAGUGGACGGUCAGUAACCUCCGUUUGUACCUAGAGAGCACCAGAGGAAAGGAGGUGACCAGCCGACUGUUCGAUCAGAUCCACUGGAUCGUGGUGCAGUCCCUGAAGGCUGUGGCUCCUGUGAUGAACAAUGACAAGCACUGUUUUGAGUGUUACGGGUAUGACAUCAUUAUUGAUGACAAGCUCAAGCCAUGGCUUAUUGAGGUCAAUGCCUCUCCCUCGUUGACCUCCAGCACAGCCAACGACCGCAUCCUGAAGUACAACCUCAUCAACGACACCCUCAACAUCGUCACGCCCAACGGGGACAUCCCAGACUGCCGCUGGAACCGCAGCCCGCCCAGAGAGGCCCUGGGCAACUAUCAAGUCCUGUACGACGAGGAGCAGGCGCAGAGCGAGAAUGCCGAGCGUGACCUGCGGAGCCGCUCGGGCCAGUCCCUGGGGUCAAAGGGCACCAAGGGGAGCGCAGGCGUUCGCCCUGCUGCCGCCACCUGGAAGUGAGGUGAUAUUGCUGACUUUUAAUGACUUCCUGUACAUUACCACAGGCUUCACCAGUGUGGCACAGGGAAUUAAAAAAAGGACCACCUAGACUCUCUUUUUUUUAGCCCAACUAUCCGUUGGAGGACUGCUCCCUCUCUUCAAAUUUCACUGACUGUGGCACAGGGGUCACCAACCCUGCUGCUGCUGGAGGGGAGAAAAACCAUCAUUGUCAUGUUUGGGGAAUUUUAAGGGCUGGAGUUUGUGGUUGUUUUUAUGGAAGAGUAGCUAAAAAAAAUGUAGAAAUUGUGUCGGUGGGGUUAAAGGUGAAGUAAAGGCAAGGCAAGUUUAUUCUUAAAGCCUAACAUCACUUGUAAUGUCUCAACAACAGUUCACAACCGAGGCCAAGUUCUCUUUGAACAAGUAAAACUCCCCCCAAAAACAACUUAAAGCCAGAAGGCAAAAAAAUAUCAAAUUUGAAAGAGGAAACUUAAAGAAACACACCUCUGCUCUGAUGGCUGCAGUAGGAGUCGCAAGUGAGAAAAUGGCAAAUACACAAAGUUAAAAGAAAGUUAGUGGAAAUACAAAAACAACAAGAAACGAGCAAGAAGCAUUAAAACAACCUGAACUAUGCAUGAUUACCGAGUAGUGACACUUUAACUUGACCUGCCACAUCGGUGCUAACGAGAAGAUAAACCGUAUGUAAGGAACAUAUUAAAAAGGGACAAUAAGUGUAACCAGUGCAAAGAUUAUAAAGAUAUAAUGUACUGAUAGGCAAUUAACAGCACUAAAUGUGUAUAGACCCCAAACUAGAAUUUAAUAAUGUUUUUAUAUGUUCAUUAUCAAUAUGUAUAUGCAGGGAGGGGAUCAUUAAGACUGAUUGUAUUCAGUGCAGAACCCUGUUGCACUUUAUUUCUGCUUAAAUAUUAAACCUAUUUGCCAUGUUGCAUUUUGAGUUGAGUACAUCUCAAAUCUUUCUUAAACAGUUAUAUUUAUUGGGAAUGUAUGCAUACUUAGCUAUCAGGCGUUUACUGUAUGUCCUGCAACUACUGAAAGAUUGAAACACUGACGAUGAUUAUUCAUCCGCCUUUUGUAAUACACUCAAGUAGGGCUGAACGAUAUUUUGAAAGUAAAAAAAAAUCAUUGUAAUAUCUUUGUUUUUGCUGGGUAAAUUGCAAUAAUUUAAGUUACAUGCUCUCCAUAUAAAUUCAGCUUUUGACUUAUGUAGAAUUGAUCACUCAAGCAAUGCACUUUAAUUUAAUCCAGGGUUAAUUCCUUGCUCAAUAUAGUCUUAACCACUUUUCAUACUCUAAUUGAAGAGUCUUAUGAUGAUAUGUAUAAUGAUAAUAAUAAUGAAUGAUAUUAUUCAUCAGAUGGACUAGAUUGUUUGUCUUUAAUAUUAGUCUCGAAAAAGGGAACUUUUUUCAUUUUUCUAUCCAGCAUUAAAAUGAUUUACAGUUUGUCUUUCCAGUGUGACUAUUACACAUUCAUAAAGUACAACAUUGAUGCUGAAACAAUAUCUUUCAGCCCUGCUCUGAUGUAGAAAUCCAUUUGGUGUUUUGUGAAACUAAAUGCUGCUUUUGUAUGCCAAAUGUCUGCUUAUUCUUGAUUUGAAAUAACACAAGAGAAGCAAAAUUCUCUACUGAUUAUGUAACAGGCCUGUUAAUUUGCUCUUUAUCAAUUUAUGUGCUUUAUAAAAUUUCAAUUCAA